AUGGCCCCAAGGAUGUCGGGCCGCGGCGGCGCCGCCCUGCUCUGCCUCUCGGCGCUGCUCGCCCACGCCUCCGGCCGCUCCCACCCAGCCAGCCCUAGCCCCCCGGGGCCGCAGGCCAGCCCCGUGCUGCCGGUCAGCUACCGCCUGUCGCGGACUCGGCUGGCCUUCUUCCUGCGGGACGCGCGGCCCCCGCCGCCUGCGGUCGCCAACGGCUCCCUUCAGCGCUCGGAGCCCUUCGUGGUGUUCCAGACCAAGGAGCUGCCCGUCCUCAACGUCUCCCUGGGGCCCUUCAGCACCAGCCAGGUGGUGGCCCGGGAGCUGCUGCAGCCAUCCAGCACCCUGGACAUCCCUGAGCGCCUGACCGUCAACUGGAAGGUGCGAGCCUUCAUCGUCCGCGCCCGCGUGCCUGCCUCGCAGCCGGUGGCCCAGGUGCUGUUCUAUGUGGCUGGCCGCGACUGGGACGACUUUGGCGUCACCGAGCGACUGCCCUGUGUCCGCCUGCACGCCUUCCGGGACGCCCGGGAGGUCAAGAGCUCCUGCCGCCUCAGCGGGGGCCUGGCCACCUGCCUGGUGCGGGCCGAGCUGCCCUUGGCCUGGUUCGGACCCCCCGCCCCUGCCGCGCCGCCCACCACCCGGCGCAAGUCUCCGGACGGGCUAGACCCGGAGGCCACGGGGGAGAGUCAGCAGGCCGAACUCUACUACACCCUCCAUGCCCCCGACGCGUCGGGCGGCUGCGGGGGCGCACGUCAGGGAGCCGGGCCGGGGACCGGCGCCCGCGCCGAGAGCCCCACCCAGCACCCCUUGCUGCGCAUCGGGAGCAUCAGCCUGUUCCGCCCGCCCCCCAGGAGGGCCCUGCAGGAGCACCGGCUGGACAGCAACCUGAUGAUCCGCCUGCCCGAUCGGCCCCUCAAGCCUGGGGAGGUGCUCAGCAUUCUCCUCUACCUGGCCCCCAACUCCUCCUCUCCCUCCAGCCCCAGCGUGGAGCAUUUCACACUCAGGGUGAAGGCCAAGAAGGGUGUGACUCUUCUGGGCACCAAGUCACGGAGCGGCCAGUGGCACGUGACCUCGGAGCUGCUGACUGGGGCAAAGCACUCAACAGCCACCGUGGAUGUGGCCUGGGCCCAGGGCACCCCGCUGCCCCCCUGGGAAGGCCAGGGGCCGCUGGAGAUCCUGCAGCUGGACUUUGAGAUGGAGAACUUCACCAGCCAGUCAGUCAAGAGGAGAAUCAUGUGGCACGUCGACUACCGUGGCCACAGCGCCCUGCCUGACCUGGAGCGGGCGGUCACCGAGCUGACGGUCAUCCAGCGGGAUGUGCAGGCCAUCCUGCCCCUGGCCAUGGACACCGAAAUCAUCAACACGGCUAUCCUGACGGGCAGGACGGUGGCCAUCCCGGUCAAGGUCAUCGCCAUCGAGGUGACUGGUCUCGUCCUAGAUGUCUCUGCCCUAGUGGAAUGUGAAUCUGACAAUGAGGACAUCAUCAAGGUAUCCAGCAGCUGCGACUACGUGUUUGUGAGUGGAAAGGAGUCGCGUGGGUCCAUGAACGCCAGGGUCACCUUCCGCUAUGACAUCCUCAAUGCCCCUCUGGAAAUGACAGUCUGGGUCCCCAAGCUGCCCCUGCACAUCGAGCUCUCGGAUGCACACCUCAGCCAAGUGAAGGGCUGGAGGGUGCCUAUCCUCCCCGACCGGAGGUCGGCCCGGGAGAGUGAGGACGAGGACGAGGAGGAGGAGGAGCGGCGGCCGAGCGCCAGCCGCGGCUGCGCCUUGCAGUAUCAGCACGCUACUCUGCAGGUCUUCACGCAGUUCCACACAACAUCGUCCGAGGGCGCCGACCAGGUGGUCCCCAUGCUGGGCCCGGACUGGCUGGUGGAGGUCACUGACCUGGUCAGCGACUUCAUGCGGGUGGGGGACCCCCGAGUGGCACGCAUGGUGGACAGCAGCACGCUGGCGGGCCUGGAGCCGGGCACCACCCCCUUCAAGGUGGUGUCCCCACUGACGGAGUCUGUGCUUGGGGAGACGCUGCUAACAGUGACGGAGGAGAAGGUCAGCAUCACACAGCUGCAGGCCCAGGUGGUGGCCAGCCUCGCCCUCUCCCUGCGGCCCAGCCCAGGGAGCAGUCACACCAUCCUGGCCACCACGGCUGCCCAGCAGACCCUCAGCUUCCUCAAGCAGGAAGCCCUUCUAAGCCUCUGGCUUUCCUACAGUGAUGGCACCACAGCCCCCCUCUCCCUCUACAGCCCCCGGGACUAUGGGCUGCUGGUUAGCAGCCUGGACGAGCGGGUGGCUACGGUGACCCAGGACCGGGCCUUCCCGCUGGUGGUGGCGGAGGCCGAGGGUGCCGGGGAUCUGCUGCGCGCAGAGCUCACCAUUGCCGAGAGCUGCCAGAAAACCAAACGCAAGAGUGUGCUGGCCACGACCCCCGUGGGCCUGCGGGUGCACUUUGGGCGGGACGAGGAGGACCCCACUUACGACUACCCGGGGCCCAGCCAGCCAGGCCCCGGCGGGGGUGAGGACGAGGCCCGGGGAGCCGGCCCCCCGGGCACAGUGAUGCCAGCAGCUGAGGCCCCAGGCCCGGGCACUGCCAGCGCCGUGCCGCCCACGGAAGACUUCCUGCCGCUGCCCACCGGCUUCCUGCAGAUGCCGCGCGGGCUGACGGACCUGGAGAUCGGCAUGUACGCGCUGCUGGGCGUCUUCUGCCUCGCCAUCCUCGUCUUCCUCAUCAACUGCAUCGUCUUCGUGCUGCGCUACCGGCACAAGCGCAUCCCGCCCGAGGGCCAGACCAGCAUGGACCACUCUCACCACUGGGUGUUCCUAGGCAACGGGCAGCCCCUGCGGGUGCAGGGAGAGCUGUCUCCGCCUGCGGGCAACCCGCUGGAGACCGUGCCUGCCUGCUGCCACGGCGACCACCACAGCAGCGGCAGCUCGCAGACCAGCGUGCAGAGCCAGGUGCACGGGCGGGGCGACGGCUCCUCGGGCGGCUCGGCCCGCGACCAGGCCGAGGACCCUGCCAGCUCGCCCACCUCCAAGCGCAAACGGGUCAAGUUUACCACCUUCACCACGCUGCCCACGGAGGAGCUGGCCUAUGACUCGGUGCCCGCCGGCGAGGAGGACGAGGAGGACGAAGAGGAACUGGGUUGGGGCUGCCCGGAUGUGGCGGGCACCACGCGGCCCACGGCACCCCCAGACCUGCACAAUUACAUGCGCAGAAUCAAAGAGAUCGCGUAG